AUGCGGAACUCCAGACAAACUAAUUAUCCUGACUGGGAUGAGAAGGAAAGUCCAGCUCACAGAAGAUGUGACAGUGCUAAUAAGAGGAAGAGGAGAUCCUUAAGCGGUGCACAGGAGAACAAGUGCUGCAAGAAUGACCCUUCUGAACUUCCUGACAGUGGGCAUUCAGAAACCCAGUGUGUAAGUGGCAGAGACCGCCAGGACCGACGCUACGUUGAAGAGUACAGGAAUGAGUACAACCAAGUGUGCGAUGCUGGGCAUCACAGUUCCCAGUCCUCGGGUCACAGUAGGAUGAGUAGUUACAAAAGGAAAUACAAGGCACACCACACUACCUAUCAUCGUCAUCAUUCACAGAAGAGUCAUCGAAGGAAAAGAUCCAGGAGUGUAGAGGAUGAUGAGGAGGGUCACCUGAUCUGUCAGAGUGGAGACGUACUAAGUGCAAGAUAUGAGGUUGUUGCUACCUUGGGUGAAGGUGCUUUUGGAAAAGUGGUGGAGUGCAUCGAUCGCAAAGCGGAGAACAGACACGUGGCUGUGAAAAUAGUAAAAAACGUUGAUAGGUACUCUGAGGCAGCUCACGCAGAAAUAAAGGUGCUGGAGCAUUUGAACGCGUCGGACCCCAGCAGCACGUAUCGCUGUGUCAAGAUGUUAGAGUGGUUUGAGUACUAUGGACACGUCUGCAUUGUUUUUGAGCUGCUGGGGCUCAGCACGUACGACUUCAUUAAGGAGAAUGGCUUUCUGCCCUUCAGGCUGGACCACAUCAGGAAGAUGGCCUAUCAGAUCUGCAAGUCCGUGAACUUUUUGCAUUUGAACAAGUUGACACAUACGGAUCUGAAACCAGAGAACAUUUUAUUUGUGACGUCCGAGUAUACAGAGGAGUAUAACCCUGAACUGAAAUGUGAUGAACGCAUGCUAAAAAAUCCCGAUAUCAAAAUUGUGGACUUUGGAAGCGCGACAUACGACGACGAAUAUCACAGCACGUUGGUGUCCACAAGACACUACAGAGCUCCUGAAGUCAUCCUAGCGCUGGGCUGGGCGCAGCCGUGCGAUGUCUGGAGCAUCGGCUGCAUCCUCAUCGAGUACUACCUGGGGUUCACGGUGUUUCCGACGCAUGACAGCAAGGAGCACCUCGCAAUGAUGGAGCGCAUACUGGGGCCUUUGCCCAAUCAUAUGAUAAAGAAAACAAGGAAGCGCAAGUACUUCCGCCAGGACCGGCUGGACUGGGACGAGCACAGCACCGCCGGCAGAUACGUCUCCAGGCGCUGCAAGCCGCUCAAGGCGUUUAUGACCUGCCACGAUUCCGACCACGAGAACCUCUUCGACCUCAUUGAAAAGAUGCUGGAGUAUGACCCGGCCAAGCGCAUCACUCUGGAGGAAGCACUGAAACACCCUUUCUUCUUCCCUCUGAACAAGCAGAAAAGGGCAGCGCCGCCCGUCGCUGAGCAGACUGGGACAGAGGCCAGUCCACCAAAGAAACGCAGAAAAUAUUAA